AUGUCUCUGUCCUCUGGCCGUGUCUACCAGUGGGGCUCCACCAGCGACCUUGUCGAGGGUGCAGACGGAUCCAAGCUGGCCUCGACCAGCAUCGACGAUCUCCUGAGCGACAACUUUCCCAGCAGCGUCUCACACUUUCUGCACUCGCUCCAGCAUGUCAGUGCCCACAGCUACGGUCUUGCUCAUCGGUAUAUCACCAACAUCGACGACAUUGUCUCCCGCGAGGUCUACAAUCUCAUUCGAGUGCCUGAGUGGGAGCCCGACAACCUCGCCCUGGCCGUGGUUAUCCUGGUGCGGUGGUCGUUAGCAGCAUUCUUUGGCAUUACCGCCACCACGCUCUUCAAGACUGCGAUCGACAUGGCCUGGCACCUGCUCUCGUACAUUCACACGCUCGUUCAGAUCAACAUCCUCACCGCCAUCUCGGUAGUGCUGAUCGUCAAGUCGGUGCAAUACUUUUCCAUGUUUAUCCUUUCGCAGGAAUCGCAGUGGAAUCUUCGUUACAUCCUUGUCGGCGGCGAAGUACUUGUUGUUGCUGUCUUGGGACUGAGCGUGCAGUGGUGGAUCGAUCAUCCAAGCUCCAUCUUCAGCAUAUUCUAG